AUGGCGGACCAAAAGUCGACUCGUCGGAGGAGAUCUAGUAGCAUCCUCCAGGUCUACCAUGAGCCCCUCGAGACCCUAGAACAGAUUAGCGACCAGGCCGCGCUUCCCAACCUGAACGCCGACUGGGUGAAUGCCAAGGGUGCCUGGACGAUACACUUCGUUUUGAUUGCUUGCUUCAAGAUUUUUUAUGACAUCAUACCCGGCGUCUCACAAGAAACGUCGUGGACGCUCACGAAUAUCACAUAUAUGUUCGGGUCAUAUAUCAUGUUCCAUUACGUGCGUGGAGUGCCCUUCGAGUUCAACGGCGGUGCUUUCGACAACCUCAACAUGUGGGAGCAGAUCGACAACGGUGCGCAGUACACACCCACCAAGAAGUUCCUUCUGGGAGUGCCCAUCGCUCUCUUCCUCCUCAGCACCCACUAUACUCAUUACGACUUGGCGUACUUUAUCAUAAACUUCCUCGCCGUUCUGGCCGUCAUCAUUCCCAAGCUCCCCUUUAGCCAUCGGAUGCGAGUGGGCUUCUUCUCUGGUCUUCCAGAAGAGUGA